AUGGUUUUCAGUGAUGAAGGUGAAGGUCACACGUUGAGAGCUGCAAAGCAACUUGAUGCAGAGCUGAGCAAACGCGGGGCCAUUCGAAAUGCAGCCAAAGAUGUGGACGAUGAGCUCUGUGCAACUUGCGUCGGUGUGUCACUCGAGGAUGGCACGCAUCUGGGAGUUCCUCCAGCUCGAUGCUUGUCCAUGAUUGUCACUGUGUUGCAUUUACUCGAAUCCCAGAAGGCAUCACCAAGGCAGGUGCAGCAACAGUUGGGUGUUCAGCAAUGGUUCGACCUUUUGCAACGUUGCAAGUUGUCUGUGUAUGACCGGGUGUACGCCUUUGUGAGAGACCCUGAAGACACUGGCCUGCAGUUGCUCCCCAAGGCUGUGAUGUUUGAGCUGGCCGUUGGCAUGUUGCUGGGCGUUUUCUGUACGACGCAUGGUUUCGGAGCGAGCGUGGCUCAGCUUCCUAUCCAGAUGGUUCGUCGUCUUGCUCGGGUGGCCGAGAAGCAAGGCGAUGAUGUGGUCAUGGACGGCGGGACUGUCACAGGUGCACAGGCCAAACGCCUCGGUGAAGCGCACCACCUGGACAUGAGCUUGGGCGACUUUGUGGACAUCUUCAGCAUCAAAGCUCGCAAAGCUGCUCACAUCAAUGUGCUUGAGGGUGAAGCAUUUCUCAUUUGGUUGCGCUGGGUGCUUCGGUCCCGACGUCGGCAUUGCUCAAGGCUGGUUGUGCUAGUGGACAGCGCAGUCUGGCUGGGGGCAGCUGCAAAGGGUAGGUCCUCCACCCAGCUCAACAGGCUUUUGCGAAAGGCAGCAGCGCUAGAGUUAGCAGGAGAGUUGCAAGUCUACCUGGUGCUGGUCCCCUCUGAUGAGAACCCGUCAGAUUGGCCAUCGCGUGGCGUCAGACGCUUUCACAGCUCUUCCGU